UGCGUGCGGGUGUGUGUGUGUGUGUGCGUGUGUGUGCGUGUGUGCGUGCGUGCUUGGUUGUGUGAGGGUAGGUAUGGUGUGUGUUUUGGCUACAUUUGAGUGUGGAUCUGUGAUAUUGAUAAGACUGAGUGUGCGUAAUGUGUAUGUGUGUGUAAUCAGAUAUGGUGUGUGGUAGUAAUGUUGUAAUGUGUGCAUGUGUGUGUGUAAUCUCACUGCAUCCCUACAGACUGCUUUUUACUGUGACCCUACCAUGACCUCUGACUCUGAGGACUUGUAGUUAAUGGGGCCGUCGACUUGUGAUGUGUGUUCGUUUUUGUAAAGUAUGUGUGUGUUUAUUCCAUGUGUUUGCUCAUGUAAGAUGUGUGUGUGUGUGUGUGUGAGUGUGUGUUCAGGGCGACGGCAUGCCACUCUCUGGCAUUCAGGGAUUCCACCGGCCCAGGAGCUGUCAUCACAGUGUCCCCUUUCACCCCUUCACUGAGAGAGAGAAACCCUCGAUCCCCUACAUCCCCCACAGUGUGCUCGUAAAUCUGACACAGAGAAAAGACACGAGAACAAAACUCCACUCACAGUCCAACAGGCAUGAGCCAUGAGCCAAAGUCACCUUCCUUAGGAAUGAUAUCCACGGCAACUCGCACCACGGCGACGGUCAGCCCCCUCACCCCGUCGCCCCUUAACGGAUCUAUCGUAGCCAAUGGGAGCCCGGCAGCCCAGUCCGCACACUCCGGAUUCGCCGCCGCCCUCCGUAAACUGGCCAAACAGGCCGAGGAUCCUCGAGCUGGCUCGUCCAUCAGUAGUGAGUCGUCUCCGGUCUCGUCCCCAGCCACCAACCACAGUUCUCCGGUGAGCACACCCAAGAGAGGCCCCCUGGGCCCAGGGCCUGUCCUGGUGCCACCUGGGGGCCACAGUGUGCCAAGCACCCCGCCCGUCGUCACCAUUGCCCCCACCAAGACCAGCAACGGCCUCUGGAGGAGCGAGGCACGCCAGACUGACUCGGGCCCUCGUGGGGUCAGUAGGGAGCGUCUGGGAGCAGAGGCGCCCCACCAGCAGGAGAAAGGUGGCCCCUCAGUCCCUGCUCACCUCAUAGGAAACCCCUAUGCCUUUGGCCUGAGCCCCGGUGCUGUCAUGCAGGACGCACGCUUCCAGCCCCUCAAUCUGCCCAGGCAGCUGCCCCAUGGAGUGCCCCCUGGUGGUGUACCAGAGGAGUACCUGCGGGGGUUCCGCCCCUACGCCACGGCCGAGGACCUCCGCAUGCCUUCUGGACUGCCCCUGGGCCUGGACCCCGCCACCGCCGCCGCCUACUACCAUCCCUCCUACCUGCCACAUCCCUCCUUCGCCCCCUACAGGAUGGAUGAUCCGUUCUGUCUAUCAGCUCUGAGGUCACCGUUCUACCAGCUCCAAGGAGGGGGAGGCCUGCCCCCCCUGCACCCCUCUGCUGUCCACAUGCACCUGCAGGGGGUCCGCUACCCUGGGGACCUCACACACGCCUCACUGUCCGCUCUGCAGUCUGAGAGACUAUCUGAAAGGCUCCAGAUGGAAGAUGAGCUCCGACAGCGAGAGAGGGAGCGCGAGCGUGAACGAGAGCGCGAGAAAGAGAGGGAGCGUGAGGCGGAGCGAGAGAAGGAGCGGGAGAGAGAAAGAGAGAGGGAGCGAGAAAGAGAGAAGGAGCUGGAGCGGGAGAGAGAGCGUGAGCGGGAGAGGGAGCGGGAGAGAGAGAAGGAGCGAGAGAGAGAGAGGGAGAUGGAGAGGCAGAAGGAGAGGCAGAAGGAGAGAGUGAUGAGAGAGAAGGAGCUACAGUCCAAGGCGAUGGAGAGUCACUACCUGGCUGAGCUCCAUGCCAUGAGAGGACAGGAGGACAGAACCAAGCCUGAGAGACUCACCCCCAACCGGCCAGACAAAACCAAAGAGCCCGCCAUCCAAGCUCCUAAGCCAAUGCCACCAGGCCUCCACUCCUCCCUGAGCCAAUCACAUCACGGCGUUCCCGGCCUGGUCUCUGCCCAUGGCCUCUACCUGGGGCCCGGCGGCGUGGGGGCGGGUCUCACCGCCGCAAUGAUGCUCCAGCGGACCAAUGAGGAAGAGCGCUGGUUGGCGCGGCAACGGAUGCUUCGCCAGGAGAAGGAGGAUCGUCAGUACCAGGUGUCAGAGUUCAGACAGCAGGUCUUAGAGCAACACCUUGACUUGGGACGACCUGGGGAGGGAGGAGAGCUACGCUCCGACACACACAGGUCCAUACCAAAUCACCACGAGCCGGGUGGCCGCGACAUCCACCCCCACCUGGGCGCCCCUCCUCCUCUCAUCUCCCCCAAACCCCUCCAGUCCCGCGACCACCCCCACCCCCCUCCUCCCACCACCCUGUGGAACCCCGCCGCCCUCAUCGAUACCGCCUCGGACUCACGACGCACCACCCACCACGACCCACCGGGCUUGGGCCACUACGACCUCAGCCGCUUGCCUCCCAAACUGGAAGAUGGGCUCCGGAGGGGCAGGGACCGGGACGGGGGCCUGGAGAAGUAUCACCCCCCACUCCGAGGCCCCCCGGGGCUGCCUGAGCCCAGCACCUUCCUGGCAGAGCUGGAGAAAUCCACCCAGACCUUCUUCAGCCAGCAGAGGGCCUCGCUGUCCCUGCCCAGCCAGUACGGAGAGCUGGGGGGAGGGAUGAAGAGCAGCGGGGCCCUGAAGAGCCUCCAGGGGCCCCCAGGAAUGGGGAGACAAAGCCAGGCCCAGGGACAUAGUCUGGGCCAGGGAAUGGGGCCUGAGUCUGGCCUAAUGUAUGAUGAGUUUCUCCAGCAGCACCGUAGGCCUGUCAGUAAACUGGACCUGGAGGAGAGGAGGAGGAGAGAGGCCAGGGAAAAAGGUGAAAUAUACCCUACUGCUGCUAAACCAAUUGUUUCACGCUUGUGUUUUUAGAAGUUGUAGAUUCUGUUUGUGUAGUGGUAGUAUGUACUGAAGUUGUAGGUUGUGGUUGUGUAGUGGUAGUAUGUACUGAAGUUGUAGGUUGUGGU